GCAUUAACUUGAAUUAUUCCUGGUUUUCGUUUCCUGCAGGUAUGAACGAUUCCUGCGACCCAAUGGGCCACCAUGGGCACCACCCCGGCCUGGACGGCGACAUGUACCAUCAGCAGGUGCCGCAAGCGAGGACCAAGCGGAUGAGAACCUCCUUCAAGCACCACCAGCUGAGAACCAUGAAGUCCUACUUUGCCAUGAACCACAAUCCCGACGCGAAGGACCUGAAGCAACUGGCCCACAAGACGGGGCUUACCAAGAGAGUGUUACAGGUUUGGUUCCAGAAUGCCCGUGCUAAGUACAGGCGGACAACCACAAAGAAGGACGACGAGAAAUCAGAAAAGAAUGCCUCUGAAUGCGGAGGGGAUCAGGCGUCACCUUCGCCUCAGCUUGACGACCAGGACAACAUCAGUAUCACCAGUAGUGGUGGGGGUGGCGGUAGCGGUAGUGGCAGCGACCCCAACGCUGACACCCUGUAUGAUGGCGACGAUGAUGAUCAAGAUAAGCUCUUGGAUGACAUCACAACCUACAGUGAGCUGAAGACCGCAUCGCCUGCCGUUGCGGAUGAAGUAUCCACCAUAUCCUCGAUGCCUGCAUCGGCGCGAAUGCUGCAUGGUUUACAUGGCCAACCCAUCUCGGCGCCAGGCAAUACCCACCAUGGGAUGGGCCUCAUGCCGCAUGGGUUUGUCGAGAUCUUCAGCAACUCCGCAUGAGGAGGAGGCAUCCUUUAAAUACAAGAUAGAGAUUUAUUGCUUAUUUAUUUGAUGAUUGACAUUGCAUUCACAUUGACAUCAAUGAUGACGAGACAGGGACAUGAACAGCACUCCUGAUAGGAAGGCCUAUUGCUGCUAAGCAAAAUGAAGGAGCAACAGUACCAAUACUCAAUGCAGAACAAAAUAACCAUGGCUUCUCAUCUUAUGUUUAUGUAUUGACUCUCCGGAGCAGAGUCUCAAGCGGUUUCUGUGACGACAUUAAUCAGAUCAAAUCCUCCUCUUUGCAGAUUAAUCUCCUGUUCCUAAAGUAUGUUGUAGUGUGAAUGAAAUCGUGAAGGGAAUAAAAGAUAAUAGAAUAUCUGGACGAAUGCUGCUAAUUGUAUUUACAGUCACGUGUGCUAGAUCUGUGAAUUCAUUUUGUCUUGAUGAUAUACACUUCGUAAAUUUGACUGCAGUGUUAGUAUUGAUGUCCGAUAUACAUGUAGUUUUAAAUGUUUGUAAUAAGAUCAGAUGACUGACUUUGUCCUUUAAAUAUUGUAAAGAUAUAUCAUUGUGCAAGCAUCACCCCUUAAAAAAUCUCCGAUAAAAAUGUAAUUUCAUUUUGAGUUGACCAUUCAUAAGCUAUAUCAUAGUACACCUCGUUCUUCCCUUUGCCAAAUUUGUUCCAUUUAUAACCCAUUUGUCAAUGACACAUCUAAUAUGAUUUUCAUUUGAUUUCUUAAAAGAAAGACUGCUGACUGCAGAGAUUAAUUUAAGACAAUAAAUUGACUAUUCAAUGUCCUGGUUUAAAGUAUUCACUGGAUAGGCACCUAAAGUAU